AUGUCUCGUCCAAUUGUCAUCUCUGGUCCAAGUGGUACUGGUAAGUCCACUCUAUUAAAGAAGCUAUUUGCUGAAUUCCCAGACACUUUCGGUUUCAGUGUCUCGUCUACAACACGUUCUCCAAGACCAGGUGAGGUACAUGGCAAGGACUACAACUUUGUCACUGUUGAUGAGUUCAAAUCAAUGAUCGACGGCGAGAAGUUCAUCGAAUGGGCCCAAUUCUCUGGUAACUACUAUGGUACUACCGUGGACUCCGUUAAGGCUGUCAUCAGUUCUGGCAAGACCUGUAUCCUAGAUAUCGAUAUGCAAGGUGUCAAAGCUGUCAAGACCAAGGACCUUAACGCUAGAUUUUUGUUCGUUGCCCCACCAUCCAUGGACGACCUAAAGGCUAGGUUGCAAGGCAGAGGUACCGAGACAGACGAAUCCUUACAAAAGAGACUGGCCGCUGCUGAUGCAGAGAUGGAAUACGCUAACAGCGGUGCUCACGACAAAAUCAUUGUCAAUGAUGACCUUGACAAGGCUUACAACGAAUUGAAGCAAUUCAUCUUCGAGAACUAA